ACGCCACCGUAACAUUGAGGACAUCAUAGUUUAAAAAAAAAAUUACUUCCGGAAUGGGCGGGGCUCCAGUAUAGAUUAUAAUUUUACUAUUGAUGUCGCUGUGCAUGGUGCUGAUGGAUGUGACGUCAGGUAGCAGGUACCCUAGUCAUCUGCUGCUUGGUUUUCUUGAUUGUAUAUCCAGUAAAAGGUGAGCAACGCUAAAAUAAUUAUAUAUUGUGUAGUAAAUUAAUAAACGGUUAGCAACUAAAUUUAGCAUCUAUAUGUACAUAUUCUGUAGGGAAGUUUGAAUUUUGCAGCUCUAUAGGCUACAAACACAAGCAGUUGAUGCUUGGGUAUAAAUACCCAAAAUAUGGGGUAUUUUUUUUUAACCAAACAAAUAGGCUAACUACAGAUAAGGAUGUAUAGAAGCACUUAUUUAAAAUGGGAUAAUGCAUUUAAUACUGAUUUAGAUAAAAAAAAAAAAUAUAUAGAUUGGAUUUUAGAAUGGGGGGCAAGGCAUGGUUAGAGGUUAGAGGUUAGCAUGCUUGCCUCGCACCUCCUCAGGGGUUGGGGGUUCGAAUCCCGCCUCCGACCUGUGUCCGGAGCCUGUAUGUGCUUUUGGGGGCUUCCUUCGUGUACUCCGGUUUCCUUCCCCAGUCCAAAGACAUGAUCUGUAUGCUGAUUGGCAUUUCCAAAUUGUCUGUAGUGUGUGAAUGUGUGUGCGAUUGUGCCCUGUGAUAGGUUGGCACCCCGUCCCGAGUGUCCCCCACCUUGUGCCCCGAGUUCCAUGGGAUAGGCUUCAGGUUCCACGUGACCCUGUGUAAGAUAAGUGGUACAGAAAAUGGAUAGAUGGUUGGAUGGAUUUAUACCCUGAGUUUGCUUACUACUACUACUAUUAUAAUAUAAUAUAUAUAUAAUAAUUAUUAUAUUAAAUGUUAUUCUUAUCAUUAUUAUUAUUAUUAUUAUUAUUAUUAUUAUUAUUAUUAGUUACAAUAGCACAAGAUAGAAAGUACUCUUGAUUUAGUUAUUUGAUUAAAAGCUAUUUUGUAGCCUAUAUGUGGAUACGUAUACAAAUAGCCUGCUACAAUUCGAAAGAAAAUGGUAUAAUAUUAAAAAAAAAAAAAAAGGAAUAAAAAAGAUGCAUUGCACAUUGCAGAGCAUUUAAAAUUGGCGGUCUCCUCUUGCGUCCCAGCAUUCCUUGCGUCCGCAUCGUCGGCCAGCUCGCGGCGUGAGUGGACGAUGCGUUUUUGUUCCGGCUACACCUGCUCAGUCCAGCCGGAAGUGCAGCGCUAUUAAUCCUGAAGUAUUAAUCCUUCUUUACCUGGAGGCAGAAGAGGCGAUAUUAGUUUGCUGCGUUGGCGGGGAAACGCGUUUGCGCGCCUGAUCCGAUGGACGCGUCGUGUUAGUGCGCGGCACGCGGUUAAUGCGGGCUCAAACACACUUGGUCGGCUCCCUGCAAGUUGGGCUUAUUGUUGUUUUCUUGCGCUGAAGCGUUGAGGUCUGUGCGACUCAAACCUGCAAUGGGAUGCUGCGGUAGCGCAGAGAGGGUGAAAAGAGAAUGGAAACCCUUGGAGGACCGAAGCUGCACAGAUCUCCCAUGGUUCCUUCUAUUUAUGCUCUUCUGUGGUGGAAUGGGUGCUAUCUGUGGCUACACUAUAGUGACAGGUGGUGCAGCACGCCUGGUGUUUGGAUAUGACAGCUACGGCAACACUUGUGGCCAGACCAAUGAGGCCAUAGAAGGGGUCAGGCUUAGCGGCUUGGACCACAGAGACAGAAAAUAUGUGUUCUUCCUGGACCCAUGCAACUUAGACAUAAUUCAAAGGAAGAUUAAAUCUAUGGCACUGUGUGUGUCACAGUGUCCUACUGAGGAGAUGAAAACAUACGAAGAUCUACGAAGAUUUGCCAUGUGGAAUAACUCAGAGCUCUGCUCCUAUGAGCUGGCUGCCCAUAGGUACCCAAGCCUUCCAGAGCGCUUUGACAAAUGUCCUAAACUUCCAGUUCCACAAAGUAAAGCUCUGCCGGUGUUUAACCGCUGCACGCCCGUGGACAUUUCCUGCUAUUCUAAGUUUGCAGAGGCGGUGGUGACGUUUGUCAGUGAUAACACCAUACUCCACAGGCUGAUCGCUGGGGUGGUGGCCAGUAAAGAGAUCAUUGCGGGGCUUUGCCUGCUAGCGCUGGUGCUCUCCAUGAUCCUGAUGGUGAUUAUUCGCUACAUCUCUGCAGUCCUGGUGUGGAUUCUCACUGUUCUUGUGGUGCUGGGCUCACUAGGAGGGACCAGCUUUCUGUGGUGGUUAUAUAUAGACCACAGGCUGACGAUGAACGAGACUCUGGCUACAGAUUUAAAGGAAGCAACAGAAACAAAUGGAGAAACCGUGGCUUCCAAAGACCACAUGCGAGGACUACUGGUCUAUGCUACCUCAGCAACUGUGUUCACAGUGAUCUUGCUGUUGCUGAUGCUGUUCAUGAGGAAGCGAGUGGCUCUGACCAUUGCUCUGUUCCACGUGGCCGGGAAGGUUUUUAUUCACCUGCCGCUGCUGGUGCUGCAGCCUUUCUGCACCUUUCUCGCCCUCUUCCUCUUCUGGGUCUACUGGAUCCUAGUACUCCUCUUCCUCGGAACUACUGGGAAUCCAGAGAAGAAUGAACAGACAGGCCUGACUGAGUUCAGACUGAGUGGCCCGCUGCAGUACCUCAUCUGGUACCAUGCCGUGGGUCUCAUCUGGAUUAGUGAGUUCAUCCUGGCCUGUCAGCAGAUGACUGUGGCUGGAGCUGUGGUCACAUACUACUUUACCAGGGACAAGAACAAGCUCCCUAUGACGCCCAUCCUGUCAUCAGUGUUUCGUUUGAUCCGUUACCACCUGGGCACCGUGGCCAAGGGCUCCUUCAUUAUCACCCUGGUCAAGAUUCCGCGCCUCAUCCUCAUCUACAUCCGUAAUCAGCUCAAAGGAAAGGAGAAUGCAUGCGCACGCUGUAUGCUAAAGGCGUGUAUUUGUUGCCUGUGGUGUCUGGAGAAGUGCCUCAAUUAUCUAAAUCAGAACGCAUACGCAGCGACGGCCAUCAACAGCACCAGUUUCUGCACGUCGGCACGUGAUGCAUUUGUGAUCCUGGUGGAAAAUGCUCUGAGGGUUGCAGCCAUCAACACCGUGGGAGACUUUGUGCUUUUCCUGGGCAAGGUCCUGAUCAUGACGUGUACAGCAUUUGCGGGGGUGCUGGCGCUGAACUAUCAGAGGGACUACACGGAGUGGGUGCUGCCACUCAUCAUCGUGUGCCUGUUCGCCUUUCUGGUGGCCCACUGCUUCCUGUCCAUCUUCGAGAUCGUGGUGGACGUGCUGUUUCUCUGCUUCGCCAUCGACACUAAAUACAACGAUGGCACACCUAGCAAGGAAUUCUAUAUGGACAAAGCCCUUAUGGAGUUUGUGGAGAACAGCCGGCGGUCGGUGGCGCCGGCAGAGCGGGGACGGAGCAGCAAGCGGUCUCGUGCUCGUGAGGAGACGGGGCUGACCGAGAUGAAAGCCAUGGCGCCUGGAACAAGCUCAGCUUGACCAAAAGCCGACCAUGGGACUUUUUAAAGACAUUCCAAAAUGUUUAUUUUUACCAAUGUGUAACAUGUUUACUAUGGUUUCACUCCAGGGAAUACAAUAUUUUAAUAAGAAACUGUAAAAAAAAAAAGAAAUAACAAUGUAAUGAAGCACUUUAUAUUGAAGCGCUGCAUAUUUUAAAAGGCUGAUGCAUUUUUCGUAGUGAUGUCCUUUUUUAUAAGACUAAAAAACAAUUGCCAUCUAGUGAAACACAGUAUUAAUAAUGUCUAGAAUCACUGUUUUUAUUAUGUAAAAUUUUCAUAACAGACUUUUGUUCCUUUCUCUUAAAUGGGUUUCUUGAGGUUUGGUAGAAACCUUUGUGUCAUGCAGCAAUGAAGGACUUGAUUGUGUUUUUUUUUGUUUGUUUGAUUUAAAAAAAAAAAUAGUUUUAGAUCCUAACACUGAAGCAUCUGUACAUCAUUUGCUCUUAUUGAUAUUUUUAUUACACCUAGUCACAGUAUGGAUGUGUAUUUGGAAGGAAGAUUAGAGGCUGAGUUUUUUUUUUGUUUUGUGCCUCAGUGUUAAAGCAUUGAUUCCCCCCCAAAAAAUAUUUGAGGUCUGAUUGUUUCUACACAUGGAAGGGAAUUGCUUUACCUUUGUCUUUUUUCCUGAGAGGAUAAAACCCAAUGAUUUAAACAUCCAAAUGAAAGUUGUUUGAAUCUUUUAGGCUAGUGAAAGCUAUUGUGCUAUGAGCCUUCAGUUUUUUUUUUUUGUUUUUUUUUUGUUGUUAUUGUUGUUUUAAUUUUUUCAAGUUUACGUUGAGCUAAAUAUAAAGUAUCAUUUGAGAUUAUGUACUGAUGAUAAUUAGGAUAUUAAAUGCAAACACUGAAUUAGCAUUUAGACUCUGAGACGCUGGAUACAUACCACCCAGGAUCUUGUUAACCGUCGUUGCAUAGUUUAUUAACCCUAACAUAUUUCAUAGCUGAGCUGCAAGUCUUUAGCUACUGCAUCACAUAAAUUUCUGGGCUUAGAUGCGCAUUUCGAGUGCUGAUGUGAAAUCAGAUUGCUUGCAUGUUUUCUACACUGAUCUUAUUGUAGAUUUUCGCUCCAACUUUUCAUGAAUAGAAGCCCAGGACCUGGUUUCCUGAUUGUGUCCAAGUACGAAGAUCAUUUUUGAUUAUCCUACUGUAAAUUAAUGGCUCUCACAAAUAUUUAACAGUGUGGUGCUUUUGGGACACCAGGCCCUGGUCUCUCCUUGAACACAGGGUGAUUUCCAUAGUCCCUUCUUCAGGCAAUGGGAAAGAGAAAUUCUGAAAAUAUUACUGCAUGUGAAUUUUUUUUUUAUUUUUAACUCAUCAACUCUGAGUAGUAUUAACCUGUCACUGAAUAUAAGUCCACUACUAUAGUUUUCUCACACUGCAUCCUGUGGAGAGUCCGGGUGCUUUAAAUCUGUGUGAUGUGUGAGCGUCCACUUUUACUUCUGCAGCAAACUCAAGUCUUCCUACUUGCACUACAUUUCAGAAUUUUUUUUUAUAUUUAUUUAUUUUUGUGAGGCAUCCCUGUGAUACCGAGUGGCUUGGAGAGGAGAGGCACACAAAAACUCGCACCUUGCCUUAACCCAUUCAGCAUGCAGCACAUCCUGCUGGAUUAAAUUGGUUGGUUACAGUAUUUUUGCAGUACAGUAUGACCUUCAACUGCAGAGAGCUUGUAAGCCUUAAACCAGUUCAAGCUUUCCAUGACACAUUCGGUAUCUAAUCAGCAGUGAAACUACAAGCGAAUCAUUUGUGUACAGCACGUGGAUAGGAGGAGUCAAGAUUUUAAUAAUUGCUUUGUAGGUGUAUUCUUUAUUAAAGGAGUGUUUGGAGGAUUUUAGGCAACAUUUGCCAGGUGUUUAGGAACUGGAACAAGGGAACUCAUGGUCAUGAGGGGGGUUGGUGUAGGUUCACCUUUAGUAAACAGGUUAGCUUAAAAUCUAAGAAAUCCAGCAAUGUUACUUAAUGUUACUUCAAAUUUGAAGUCUAGUUUUUAACAUUCCUUUCUUACAAAGGUUCAGAUAAGUGACUAACAUGACUGAAUGGUGUCAGCAGUUAGCUUUUAAUGCUUCACAAUUAGUGAUUAGUUUGUGGUUAUACAUAAGUGAAGUGGUUAUGUUUUGUUUUAUAAUGCCGUUUCAUGUUACCACAUUUGACUAGCGCCACAGACAAACAGAUGAGAUUUGAUGCGGGAAGAGCAAACACCAUAGUUUUCUGUCCAUUUGUCUUUAAACAUUCUUUUUUGUCAUCACUUUUUAAAAAUUAAACCAUGUCAUCAAUUCACUAAUCAGACCAGGGCAAAUAAACGAAAAAUGAACAAAAGAGUUAAUGUCUAUGUUUAAAUGCACAUCAGUAUCCGAUAUUAAUCGGAAUUUGGGUAUAUUCUAAUUAGUACUGAGUCAUAUAAACGCCGCAAUCCGACUGCCCAAUUCAGAUUAAGACAAUAUUCUGAUGCCCCAAAUUCUGAUUCCCAUUCGUGGAAUAUGCCUGUUUUAAUAGGAAAUUUGUUACGUGUAAACACCUUUUUCAGAAAAUCCACUGAAAGCAGAUGUAUGUGCAUGCUUAGUCCGCCAGGAAUUGUGGGUAGCAGAAUCUCCCAGGAAAUAACAGCGGGAAAGGAAAAUCACAUGUGUAGAUUGGCAUAAUUACAGCAACCAUGUGUACAGGAAUAGUCUGAUGCCUGUACGCAUAUAAACAUUGUAUUCGGAAUAUGGCUGCAACCUGAAUAUAGUUCAUGUUUAGUAAAAUAGAGACGCUGAACUACGGCUAGUAUUUUUUCAUAGGUUUAUCAGUUUUGCUCCAGUAUUUUUUCAAGCACUCGGUUUGGUCUUCUGAAAUAUAUACUUGUGGACUAUACUAGGAGCCCUGGAAUAGAACAAUAACCUCUCACACCUGAGAGAAUAGCACUUAAUGUCCAACACACGCCAUCUGUCAGUUUCUCACUUAUUAUGAAUUUCACAACAAUAAGAGUGAACCUACACCUUCUCCCAAAGCCUUAACUGCAAAGUUAAAGUACCUUAAUAUCUUAACAUAUACAGUAUUUGUCAAUUCUUAUAAAUUGCUUAUAAAAUGUGGAUAUCUUUUCACUAAAAACAGUUUAAAAAAAAAAAAAUCAUCACGUCUACUGAUUCACUUUUGACACAUUCUGAUCAGCCACAUGGUACCUUUUGAAAUGUUGGUUAAUUUCCUAAUAAUGGAACAAUUGCUUUAUGACUGAUUUCAAGUGGACUUGUAUAAGAAUAUUCUGUACAGUGUAUUUGAAGUUGUAACUAUACAUGCUGACUGAUAACAGAAUGUUGAUUUUGUUUUUCUUUGAAAAAGGGACCUUAAUGUGUAUUGUGGUCUUCUGUUUGUUCAUGUGUGUUAUUCCAGGUCUUACAGUAGCGAGGAAAAUGGGAUGUUAUAUAGUGGAUGGUAUCUUGAAAAUAGCUAAAAGUUUGGUUCAGAAAUAUAAACAAAUCAAGAAAAAAAAUUAAUUAAUGUUUGUUACAGACCCAAGUCCUAUGGUUAAAGCAUGUUAAGAAUUGCACUAAGUACUCAUUUUAACACAGAGAUGGCAUAUAUGUAAAAAAAAAAAAAAAAAAAAAAAAAAAAAAAAAAGAAAAAGGAAAAAAAAAAGAUAUAGAUGUAAAAUGGUUAUAAACAUUUCAUUAUGUUGACUAAUUUAUUCUCAAAUGCUUGAAAAAUGAAAUUUUUCAGAAAUAGUUAAGAAAUGGUAGUGUGAGUAUUUCUUGACCGCUGAGGUAAGAUGUACGCUGUUAGCAGAAGUUGCCCUUUACUGACUUACUAAAUGCGGUGUUGUGUUUUCUGAAUCUGCCCUGAUUGGGGAGGAUCUGAGAGAGACGAGCUGAUCUUGAGGCAGUGCUGAGGAACAGCAGGCUCCGGCUCUCUGCUCGACCCCACUUUGCCAAAUGGUGCACAAUGUAAAAUUCAGAUGAUGUGCACAAAAGCUGUAUUGUUCUAAACGCUUGUUUUGGUAUUAAGUUGAGUCCUUGUUUUUCCUCUUUCUCUCUUAAUCAGCAUGGCGGCUGAGCAGCUGGCAUGUGGCAGGUUCAGGCCUGUCACUGUCCAUCAGAGAGAUGUAGAGAUGCUCUGCUUAUAGCCAGGGCCAAGCUAGUAAUGUCCAUAUUCACAAUACAAACACACACACACAAACCCAAACACACACACACACACACACUGACACAUACACGUAUAAACACACUUAUACAACCUGCAUGCUCCCAGUCUGGGCUUUUUCUAACUCUAACUCUUUAAAACAAUGAGCCAUUUUUGUAGGACGUGAAUUGUUUGGCGUUAGGAUCCAUGUGACUUAAACACUGACACUUCUAGAAGAAUAGCUUUAUUCAGUGACAAGCCACUGUUUUUAUGUUGUCGAGAUGUGAGUGUGUUUCUCCUCUUCAUUACCGGAAACUGCGCUUCUAUUCUCACCCCCAUGGAGAAAUAGGCCGUUUCUGUGUGAAGAAUACUGUUCUGAAUAGGCAAUACAUCAGUUUCCUUGUCUGGUGUAACACUAGCUCUUAGCUUUUACCUGCAGUAGAGUUGUUUGUAACAUUGAAUUAAGGUUUUUUUUUUUUUAUUUUUUUUUUUUUUAUAUAUUUAUGAUUUCAUAUGUAUCUUGUUUUUUAAAGUAAUAAAAAUGGAAAAUUUUAAA